AGUCCAGGACUUGAUCAGACAGCAGUAGGAGGCACUCAGAGGGAGGAGCCUUAUGUGAUGAAUACCACAACACCAGAGAAGAACACCAGGGAAAGGACACUAGGACGAGGCACCAGCAGCUCCGACCUGGGCAGCCUUCUUGAGAAGAUGCAGCCGCUCCUGCUCUUGCUGACCUUUCUUCUGGCCUCCAAGGCUGAAGCGGGGAAAAUAAUCGGGGGCCAUGAAGCCAACCCUCAUUCUCGUCCCUACAUGGCAUUUCUCCGGAUCUACAAACCAGACAAAACCUGGAAACAGUGCGGGGGUUUCCUUGUACGUGAGGACUUUGUGCUAACAGCAGCUCACUGCUGGGGAAGCCUCAUGACUGUGACGCUGGGGGCCCACAACGUCAAGAAGAAGGAGAGGACCCAGCAGAUCAUCCCCGUGAGAGAAACCUUCCGCCCCUCAGGCUACACUUCUGAAACCUUCCUCAAUGACAUCAUGUUACUGCAGCUGUCAAGAAAGGCCCGCCUGGAUGCCAGCGUGAGGCCCAUCAGGCUGCCCAAAAGGAAUGUGUGGGUGAGGCCAGGGAUGGUGUGCAGUGUGGCCGGCUGGGGACAAUUCAGAAUGGACAGCUCCUCUGGGGCAGAGAAACUGCAUGAGGUAGAGCUUGAAAUCCAGAAGGAUGAGCAAUGCAUGUCACACUACAAUCACCUGUAUAACCCCGCCACCCAGAUGUGUGUGGGGAACCCAAGAAGGAAGAAGUCUGCCCUUCAGGGAGACUCCGGAGGCCCCCUUGUGUGCAACAACGUGGCCCAGGGCAUUGUCUCCUGUGUAAAACACUGUGGGACACCUCCACUUGUCUACACCAGGAUUUCAGGCUUUAUGCACUGGAUAGAAAAAAUAAUGAGACACUUCAGCCCACCGGGACCAGACUCAGACGCCUCCAGGAUCAAUCCAUCCACCUUCUCUGGGGCAGAGGCCAGAACUGCACUGGGCAAAGGGGGUGGAGAGGAGGCCGCCAGGGACUUAAUAAACUUCCAUCUCUAGUGGAAAUUAGAUUCCUCCCUUAUUCACCAAAACAACAUUCAUUCGUUAUGGCGACCAUUGGUUCACAUUCUCUAGAAUAAAAAGUUUUGCUGCACUGA